CAAGGGAGGGAAAAUCCGAGCGAGAGAGAGAACCCAAAAAAAAAAAAAAAGAAAAGAAAAGGAAAAAUAAAUUUGAACCCUAAAAAUGGCAGAGUUCAGUGCAUGUUCUUAAAUGGUCACCCUGUCUUCUUCUUCGUCUUUCGGUUUCCAUUUCAUUCUUGCCCGUGCAUAUGGCUUCUACCAGCUCUUCUUCUUCUUCUUCUUCUUCUUCUUCUUUAUCAGUUGCUGUUUGUUCAAGUUAGCUCUCCAUUUCUUUUAGUUUUUGGAGUUGCUCUUUCUGUUCUGCAGGGGAGGUUUUGAAGAGGUUUAAUGGCGAGGCUUAUUCGAAAUGCGUCUUUUCUUGGGCGCUCUAUUUUCCAUCACGAGGGGUACAGGAGAGGCAUAUUGGGAGCGUCUACUCAAAUAUGUAAUUUUUCUACCAAAGGUAAAAGGAAGUCCAAGUCAUCAGAUGGGAGUGACUCUUGUGAAGAAAAUGCGUCUAAGAAAGAGCUUGCCUUACAACAAGCUUUGGAUCAGAUAACUUCUUCAUUUGGAAAAGGGUCUAUCAUGUGGCUUGGCCGUUCUGGAUCAUCUAGACAUGUCCCUGUGGUCUCCACAGGCUCGUUUGCUUUGGAUAUAGCUCUAGGAAUUGGUGGCCUUCCUAAGGGUCGUGUAAUCGAGAUUUAUGGUCCAGAGGCAUCUGGAAAGACAACUCUUGCACUGCAUGUAAUCGCCGAAUCCCAGAAGCAAGGAGGUUACUGUGUUUUUGUUGAUGCCGAGCAUGCUCUUGAUCCAGCCCUUGCUCAGGCUAUUGGAGUGAACACUGAGAAUCUGCUCCUUUCUCAACCAGAUUGUGGUGAACAAGCUCUUAGUCUCGUGGAUACCUUAAUCCGAAGUGGUUCAGUUGAUGUUGUUGUUGUUGACAGUGUAGCUGCUCUUGUGCCUAAAGGUGAACUCGAUGGUGAGAUGGGUGAUGCCCACAUGGCUAUGCAGGCUAGACUCAUGAGCCAAGCACUUCGCAAAUUGAGUCAUUCUUUAUCCCUAUCACAAACUGUACUGAUAUUUAUUAAUCAGGUAAGAUCAAAGCUGUCCACUUUUGGAGGAUUUGGUGGCCCAACUGAAGUUACCUGUGGUGGCAAUGCCUUAAAAUUUUAUGCCUCGGUGCGACUUAACAUUAAAAGGAUAGGCCUUGUCAAGAAGGGGGAAGAGACGUUGGGAAGCCAAGUUCAAGUAAAAGUGGUGAAGAAUAAGCUUGCUCCUCCCUUUCGGAUUGCUCAAUUUGAGCUCGAGUUUGGAAAAGGUAUAUGUAAGUUAUCAGAGAUUAUAAAUCUGGGGCUGAAAUACAAAUUCAUGUCCAAGGCAGGUGCAAUCUAUAACUUUAAUGGUCGAAGUUUCCGUGGCAAAGAUGCCUUGAAAACUUUUCUCUCUGAGAAUGAUGAUGCUAGGGAAGAACUAAUCACAAAACUUCGGGACCAACUACUCGAUGUGGAAAUGGGUAAGCCACGAAACGGAGAUGAAACAGAAGGAAGUCUCCAAGAAGAUGUUACCACUUCACCUGAUUCUACCGACGAAGAUGCAGUUACUGCUGUAGAAGUAUAAACUUGUGGAAUAUGGAUGCCUUCUAAUUGUGAAUUCAAGCAUUUCCAUCCUUGUUAACCUGGAUCCAUUCUUCCUUUCUACUUGCUGAUGCUAUCGGAGCUUCACCAGGCACAAAGUUUUGAGUCUCUUACCACAUUUUUAUAUCUUUUAGUUGGUGCUCCGUGGCAGAUCCAGGAUUUUAUGUAGGGUACAAGAUGAUAUAAAUAUAAUUUUAGAUGCAUAAAUAUAAUCCUCAAAUCGUAUAAUAUCA